AUGGCAGGAUACCUGCUGAUUGCUCUGCUUGUUGUCACGUAUAAUGGGAAUUUAAUACAUUGUUCUACCACUUCCGGUACGUCUUUCGCCAAUCCACACAAUGAUACCACUUCCUAUCCUAGUAGUGGGACGACGAAAACCAGCGCCUCCACAGGACAGACCUCCACCAACGCAAGAAGUAUUCUAAACACGUCACCAUCUUCAUCAUCUUCAUCAACAUCGUCAUCAUCAUCAACGCCAUCUUCUAACUCGACUACCUCAACGUUGGCAAAUUUUCCACCAACGUCUUCAUCGCCACCUCCUCUGGGCAGCUCAUCUUCGUCUUCCGACCCACUUGUGCCUACUACUAACUUAGCAACUACACCACCAGAUCAUUCUACAUCAAUAAAUCCAGCGGAAACACCCUCCCAAGUUACCCAGGCUAAUGCGGACACUACAUAUUCACCGAGUCAGAUUGUUACAUCUGAGAAAUCCGAAAAUAGUACUCUACAUUCAACAAUAGGUUCCGCGAUUGAUACUUCGCAGACAGUAGUGAACUCAACAACCACUUCGAGUAACAAUGCAAAUAUCACUAGGUUUUCUCAGCCAGGAAGUAUAACAACUGAUUCAGUAACCUCUCAGAUGUCAACAAAACAAACAACUACGAUAUCUACAAGUGAUUUACCUCAAUCAAACAUUACACUAUCUUCAUCAACUUCAAUUACAAGUGUACCUGCAGGUUCACAAUUCACAUCUAGAGCAACAAAUUCUUCAACUUUUUCUACAGUGGGUGGUAGCACAACAAUAUCAGCUGUAACUACCAGUACAAGUGUACCUGUAAGUUCACAGUCAACCGCUAAAGCAAGCCAUUCUUCAACGUUUUCUACUGAAACGUCUACAGGUUCAACAAGUCCACACACAUCGUCAGCAUCAACAACAAUCGGAAGCUCUACCAGUGGUCCUUCCCCGACAACAGUGACAACAGGAUCAACUGCGACGACAUCGCAAUCAACCACUGUCACCGGAAGUUCCACCUCUCCAACCGGUAUUUCGACCUCGUCAAGCACGCUUCCGGCGGCGGGUACAUCAUCUACGUCGACAACUUCCCUCGGCGGUUCAACCACUGCGACCUCUAGUACGACUGGGAAUAAUGCUACUGCUACCACCAGUGUAGGACCUUCAACAUCACAGUCUUCAAGUCCAGUAGUAACGUCUUCUUCAACUCCAGUAGUGAAUACAAUGGUUGGUGGCGUUUCUACCUCUUCCAUUCCGUCGUCUACAUCACAAACCGAUACAAGUACAAAAUCAAGCACGACGACAAUAUCUUCUAGUGGAAGUUCACUACCAUCGACGGAGCGUUCUUCUGUUCACAGUAGCACAGUUGAAGGCACAACUUCUGCAAUGCAGUCGACAAGUGAGUCUACAAGCGAAUCUCCAACGACUAUCAAGAGUACAGUUGGUUCCAGUACUGACACGAUUUCCACUUCCGCAUCGAGCACAAGCGUAACAGGGAAAACGUCACCAUCAUCAUCGAUGACACCGAUCACGACCUCAUCGAAUACAGCGAGUGAAACAUCAUCAUCAACGCUGUCGUCUUCGUCAACCACACAGUCAACAAGCCAAUCUUCUACAAGUACAGUGAGUGGUAGUACAACAAUGCCAGGUGUAACUAGCAGUACAAGUGUACCUGUAAGUUCACAGUCAACCGCUAAAGCAAGCCAUUCUUCAACGUUUUCUACUGAAACGUCUACAGGUUCAACAAGUCCACACACAUCGUCAGCAUCAACAACAAUCGGAAGCUCUACCAGUGGUCCUUCCCCGACAACAGUGACAACAGGGUCAACUGCGACGACAUCGCAAUCAACCACUGUCACCGGAAGUUCCACCUCUCCAACCGGUAUUUCGACCUCGUCAAGCACGCUUCCGGCGGCGGGUACAUCAUCUAUGUCAACAAUUUCCCUCGGCGGUUCAACAACAGCGACCUCUAGUACGACUGGGAAUAAUGCUACUUCUACCACCAGUGUAGGACCUUCAACAUCACAGUCUUCAAGUCCAGUAGUAACGUCUUCUUCAACUCCAGUAGUGAAUACAAUGGUUGGUGGCGUUUCUACCUCUUCCAUUCCGUCGUCUACAUCACAAACCGAUACAAGUACAAAAUCAAGCACGACGACAAUAUCUUCUAGUGGAAGUUCACUACCAUCGACGGAGCGUUCUUCUGUUCACAGUAGCACAGUUGAAGGCACAACUUCUGCAAUGCAGUCGACAAGUGAGUCUACAAGCGAAUCUCCAACGACUAUCAAGAGUACAGUUGGUUCCAGUACUGACACGAUUUCCACUUCCGCAUCGAGCACAAGCGUAACAGGGAAAACGUCACCAUCAUCAUCGAUGACACCGAUCACGACCUCAUCGAAUACAGCGAGUGAAACAUCAUCAUCAACGCUGUCGUCUUCUCCAACCACACAGUCAACAAGCCAAUCUUCUACAAGUACAGUGAGUGGUAGUACAACAAUGUCAGGUGUAACUAGCAGUACAAGUGUACCUGUAAGUUCACAGUCAACCGCUAAAGCAAGCCAUUCUUCAACGUUUUCUACUGAAACGUCUACAGGUUCAACAAGUCCACACACAUCGUCAGCAUCAACAACAAUCGGAAGCUCUACCAGUGGUCCUUCCCCGACAACAGUGACAACAGGGUCAACUGCGACGACAUCGCAAUCAACCACUGUCACCGGAAGUUCCACCUCUCCAACCGGUAUUUCGACCUCGUCAAGCACGCUUCCGGCGGCGGGUACAUCAUCUAUGUCAACAACCUCCCUCGGCGGUUCAACAACAGCGACCUCUAGUACGACUGGGAAUAAUGCUACUUCUACCACCAGUGUAGGACCUUCAACAUCACAGUCUUCAAGUCCAGUAGUAACGUCUUCUUCAACUCCAGUAGUGAAUACAAUGGUUGGUGGCGUUUCUACCUCUUCCAUUCCGUCGUCUACAUCACAAACCGAUACAAGUACAAAAUCAAGCACGACGACAAUAUCUUCUAGUGGAAGUUCACUACCAUCGACGGAGCGUUCUUCUGUUCACAGUAGCACAGUUGAAGGCACAACUUCUGCAAUGCAGUCGACAAGUGAGUCUACAAGCGAAUCUCCAACGACUAUCAAGAGUACAGUUGGUUCCAGUACUGACACGAUUUCCACUUCCGCAUCGAGCACAAGCGUAACAGGAAAAACGUCACCAUCAUCAUCGAUGACACCGAUCACGACCUCAUCGAAUACAGCGAGUGAAACAUCAUCAUCAACGCUGUCGUCUUCCCCAACCACACAGUCAACAAGCCAAUCUUCUACAAGUACAGUGAGUGGUAGUACAACAAUGUCAGGUGUAACUAGCAGUACAAGUGUACCUGUAAGUUCACAGUCAACCGCUAAAGCAAGCCAUUCUUCAACGUUUUCUACUGAAACGUCUACAGGUUCAACAAGUCCACACACAUCGUCAGCAUCAACAACAAUCGGAAGCUCUACCAGUGGUCCUUCCCCGACAACAGUGACAACAGGGUCAACUGCGACGACAUCGCAAUCAACCACUGUCACCGGAAGUUCCACCUCUCCAACCGGUAUUUCGACCUCGUCAAGCACGCUUCCGGCGGCGGGUACAUCAUCUAUGUCAACAAUUUCCCUCGGCGGUUCAACAACAGCGACCUCUAGUACGACUGGGAAUAAUGCUACUUCUACCACCAGUGUAGGACCUUCAACAUCACAGUCUUCAAGUCCAGUAGUAACGUCUUCUUCAACUCCAGUAGUGAAUACAAUGGUUGGUGGCGUUUCUACCUCUUCCAUUCCGUCGUCUACAUCACAAACCGAUACAAGUACAAAAUCAAGCACGACGACAAUAUCUUCUAGUGGAAGUUCACUACCAUCGACGGAGCGUUCUUCUGUUCACAGUAGCACAGUUGAAGGCACAACUUCUGCAAUGCAGUCGACAAGUGAGUCUACAAGCGAAUCUCCAACGACUAUCAAGAGUACAGUUGGUUCCAGUACUGACACGAUUUCCACUUCCGCAUCGAGCACAAGCGUAACAGGGGAAACGUCACCAUCAUCAUCGAUGACACCGAUCACGACCUCAUCGAAUACAGCGAGUGAAACAUCAUCAUCAACGCUGUCGUCUUCGCCAACCACACAGUCAACAAGCCAAUCUUCUACAAGUACAGUGAGUGGUAGUACAACAAUGUCAGGUGUAACUAGCAGUACAAGUGUACCUGUAAGUUCACAGUCAACCGCUAAAGCAAGCCAUUCUUCAACGUUUUCUACUGAAACGUCUACAGGUUCAACAAGUCCACACACAUCGUCAGCAUCAACAACAAUCGGAAGCUCUACCAGUGGUCCUUCCCCGACAACAGUGACAACAGGGUCAACUGCGACGACAUCGCAAUCAACCACUGUCACCGGAAGUUCCACCUCUCCAACCGGUAUUUCGACCUCGUCAAGCACGCUUCCGGCGGCGGGUACAUCAUCUACGUCGACAACUUCCCUCGGCGGUUCAACCACUGCGACCUCUAGUACGACUGGGAAUAAUGCUACUGCUACCACCAGUGUAGGACCUUCAACAUCACAGUCUUCAAGUCCAGUAGUAACGUCUUCUUCAACUCCAGUAGUGAAUACAAUGGUUGGUGGCGUUUCUACCUCUUCCAUUCCGUCGUCUACAUCACAAACCGAUACAAGUACAAAAUCAAGCACGACGACAAUAUCUUCUAGUGGAAGUUCACUACCGUCGACGGAGCGUUCUUCUGUUCACAGUAGCACAGUUGAAGGCACAACUUCUGCAAUGCAGUCGACAAGUGAGUCUACAAGCGAAUCUCCAACGACUAUCAAGAGUACAGUUGGUUCCAGUACUGACACGAUUUCCACUUCCGCAUCGAGCACAAGCGUAACAGGGGAAACGUCACCAUCAUCAUCGAUGACACCGAUCACGACCUCAUCGAAUACAGCGAGUGAAACAUCAUCAUCAACGCUGUCGUCUUCGCCAACCACACAGUCAACAAGCCAAUCUUCUACAAGUACAGUGAGUGGUAGUACAACAAUGCCAGGUGUAACUAGCAGUACAAGUGUACCUUUAAGUUCACAGUCAACCGCUAAAGCAAGCCAUUCAUCAACGUUUUCUACUGAAACGUCUACAGGUUCAACAAGUCCACACACAUCGUCAGCAUCAACAACAAUCGGAAGCUCUACCAGUGGUCCUUCCCCGACAACAGUGACAACAGGGUCAACUGCGACGACAUCGCAAUCAACCACUGUCACCGGAAGUUCCACCUCUCCAACCGGUAUUUCGACCUCGUCAAGCACGCUUCCGGCGGCGGGUACAUCAUCUACGUCGACAACUUCCCUCGGCGGUUCAACCACUGCGACCUCUAGUACGACUGGGAAUAAUGCUACUGCUACCACCAGUGUAGGACCUUCAACAUCACAGUCUUCAAGUCCAGUAGUAACGUCUUCUUCAACUCCAGUAGUGAAUACAAUGGUUGGUGGCGUUUCUACCUCUUCCAUUCCGUCGUCUACAUCACAAACCGAUACAAGUACAAAAUCAAGCACGACGACAAUAUCUUCUAGUGGAAGUUCACUACCAUCGACGGAGCGUUCUUCUGUUCACAGUAGCACAGUUGAAGGCACAACUUCUGCAAUGCAGUCGACAAGUGAGUCUACAAGCGAAUCUCCAACGACUAUCAAGAGUACAGUUGGUUCCAGUACUGACACGAUUUCCACUUCCGCAUCGAGCACAAGCGUAACAGGGGAAACGUCACCAUCAUCAUCGAUGACACCGAUCACGACCUCAUCGAAUACAGCGAGUGAAACAUCAUCAUCAACGCUGUCGUCUUCGCCAACCACACAGUCAACAAGCCAAUCUUCUACAAGUACAGUGAGUGGUAGUACAACAAUGCCAGGUGUAACUAGCACUACAAGUGUACCUGUAAGUUCACAAUCAACCGCUAAAGCAAGCCAUUCAUCAACGUUUUCUACUGAAACGUCUACAGGUUCAACAAGUCCACACACAUCGUCAGCAUCAACAACAAUCGGAAGCUCUACCAGUGGUCCUUCCCCGACAACAGUGACAACAGGGUCAACUGCGACGACAUCGCAAUCAACCACUGUCACCGGAAGUUCCACCUCUCCAACCGGUAUUUCGACCUCGUCAAGCACGCUUCCGGCGGCGGUCUUCAAGUCCAGUAGUAACGUCUUCUUCAACUCCAGUAGUGAAUACAAUGGUUGGUGGCGUUUCUACCUCUUCCAUUCCGUCGUCUACAUCACAAACCGAUACAAGUACAAAAUCAAGCACGACGACAAUAUCUUCUAG